GCGGGGCCAUGCCUGGCGCGGGCUGGAGGCAGCACGUGCGCGCGGAGCUGCAGCGGCGGGAGCGGCGCGCGCGGGGCCUGCGGCUGCUGCUGGAGCGACAUGAAAAGCUGUAUGGCCGCCUGGACGCUCUGCAGACCCUGCUGACAGCGGCGGAGGAGGAGGGGCAGUGGCCGGCGGCUGUGGGGUCCUGCCGGCCCCCCCAGGAAGUGGCCUCCGUCCGGGUGCAGCAGGAGAUGGAGCUGAUCGAACUCCGGAAAGAGAGAGAGGAGUUGCACCAGCGGGUCGCCCUCCUGACGGACAUCCUGAGGGAGGCGGAGGCAGAGAACAAGGAGCAGCGGGCAAAGACGAGGCGCCUGGCCCAGGAUCUGGCUGCCCUGACCCGCCGGCACGAGGAGGCACAGUGCCAGGCCUGGGCGCUUUCCCAGGAGGCCAAGGGGCUGCGCCGGGAGCUGGCUGAGGCCCAGGGACUCAUGCGGGAGGCGCAGCGGAAAAGGGAGGAGCUGGAGGCGUGCUGGGUGCGCGAGAAGGCGCUGGAGGCCGGCCGGCUGAACCAGGCCAAUGAGCAGCACGAACGGUACCAGCGGAGAGUCCGGCGCCUCCAAGAGAAGCUGCAGGAGGCGAGGGAAGCGGCCGGCAUGAUUCCCAGGCCGGCAGCUGCAGAAUUGUCUCCCAGCGACAGCACGUCUUGCGAGGAAACCAGCACAGAAGGUGGAAGCAGCUCAAAGGUCCAAUUCCCGAGGCAGCCCCCGCCCCGUGAAUGCAGCCUGGCCCUUUCUGAGAACGUUUGCACGGCCGUCGGUCGGCUUGCUCAGUGGUCACGGCACGCUUGCAAUGGCACCUUGAUUCUUUACCUGGACCUCAUGUCACGGAGAGCGUGCUGGUUGUGUGAAUUGCUCAGGAAAAGGGGGCUAAGCCACACUCCACAACCCUGGAGUCUUCAAGUUUUUGGGGGUCAGGGGUAGAAUGGCCUCAAGGCCCCCCCCAGGGUUGGGCGGGUACCGAAAGCCCCACAUAGCUCUUCUGCGGGUGAGGGUCUUCCUUCUUGCAAAACUUGGGGGUCAGGGACCAUCUGGCCCCACAGCGGUGCAGCAAAAGUGGGGAGUCCUUGCUGCAGAUCUGAGAAUCUCUGGCAGGGGGGCUGCUAUUUUCACAGGAGCCCCCUUUCCACUUCUCCCACACCCCCUCCCCGUUUUUAAUGCUCAAACCACUUAAUAAAAACUUCCAGACAUCUGUUAA